AUGGCGGCGCGAGCAGUGUUUGGGGCCCUGGGCCGGCGUCUCUGGCAGGGUUCAAGGAAUUUUUCUGUAAGCAGCUCUAGGAGCAGUAUAGCCAAAAACGAUGGCUUUCCUCUCAGCACCAGUAUGAAGUGGGUACAGUUUUCAAACCUACACGUUGAUGUUCCCAAGGAUUUGACCAAGCCUACGAUAACUAUUUCUGAUGAACCGGACACAUUAUAUAAGCGCCUAUCAGUUUUAGUAAAAGGCCAUGAUAAGGCUGUAUUGGACAGUUACAAAUAUUUUGCAGUGCUUGCUGCUAAAGAACUUGGUAUCUCUAUUAAAGUACAUGAAGCUCCAAGGAAAAUUGAGCGAUUUACUCUUCUCAAAUCAGUGCAUAUUUUUAAGAAGCACAGAGUUCAGUAUGAAAUGAGAACACUUUACAGAUGUUUAGAGUUAGAACAUCUCACUGGAAGUACAGCAGAUGUCUACUUGGAAUAUAUUCAGCGAAACUUACCUGAAGGAGUUGCCAUGAAAGUUACAAAGACAAGAUUAGAACAGUUACCAGAACACAUCAAGAAGCCAGUCUGGGAAACAACACCAGAGGAAAAAGGAGAGAGCACGUCAUCAAGUCCCGCAGUGACCACUUGUGCCAGGAUGUGGAGUGAACUGUCAAGUGGAGGGCCCUCCAGCGAGGACUAUUUCAAGUCUACCCGACUGCUCUCCUGA